AUGUCCUCCAACGGAAUUAGGAUUGAUCCUUUGUCCUUCGUUCCUCCGGCGGCUCAACUGCCGCUAGUGGCAGCGCAAUCGUCAGAUGAGCUGCUGCUGGGCCGCGUGGCGGAGAUGGAGGAGCAGCUCAACCAGCAGCUGCUGGAGGGGGGACCUGCUGAGGGCACCACCCAACCAGCUGGAGCGACAAACAAGGCUGCAGCAGCUACUGCCGGCUCUGGCGACGGCGCUGCAACUGACUCCUUGCCACCACGUCCCACCUUCAAAGAAGGCCUGCUGAAAACCACAACUCUCCCCCGUGGCAUCUACCGCAACAAGCUCAAUAGCACCUUCCUGGAAUACCACCGAAACGUGCACAAGGGGGAGGUAGAACUGCACUGCAUGGGCGGCACCUGCCCGAACCUAGACAGCUGCGGCCCGGCGUUCCCGAACGUGCGAGCCUGCUUCUGGCCGAACCUGGUAGACGAGGAUUAUAUUUACCCGGACCAGCCCGAGAAUUGCCCGAAGCUGUCGAAUUGGGAGGAGGUUGGGGCGAAAGGGGCGGACCCUAGGUGUACCCACCCUGGAGAUAAUCUGAGAUUUGAUAAGUAUGUGCCUCAGUAUUUUGAGAUCAAGGACGUGUUUGUGGAUGCUAACGGGGUUCUCUUUAACGAGUCGUUGCACUUCUUCCGCCACGGGUGCUUCAAAGACAAAGAGUUCGCCUAUCAUGCCAACCAGACCAGCGUGCAGCACUACCACCGCCUCGUAUCGCUGCUGUACCAGCUGGGCGGGGCGUUCUACCACACGCUCAUCGAGGUCGUGCCUCACUUCCUGCUGCUCGCCCCGCUGCUGCGAGACAACCCCGGCAUGCCCAUUGCCGUCAGCCGCAAACAGCUGAAGAUGUACGACUCGGUGCUGCACCCAAUCGUGGGCAUCAGCUCUCGCGAGCUAAACCUUGUUCUCGUGGACGAUCGCAAUCAGAAGCUGCUGCUGCACGCUGACAUGGCGUACCAGCCUGUGUUCCAGGCAUGCGGCAGGGCAGCGCCAGGCGUGUGGCGGGAGCUGAGGCGGCGCUACCUCGUGCCGGCCGAUGGCCUCCCCAUGUUCGCCCCGGGCUUUGCUCCCCGGCACCCUGGCAACAGCACCACUGCUUCAACCACCAGUUCCAAUACCAGCAGCAGCACCAAUAGCAGCAGCAUCCCCCCUCCGUGGACGGACGAGCAGAUGGCGCGGCUGCCCGCCAGCUGGCUGGCUGUGAUUGCUCGGCGUCACAAGUCCAAGCGCCGCAUCGCUGGCUUCCCGCAAUUGGUGGAUUCCAUGAAGCAGAUCUUCCACCCUUCUAGGGUCUAUGUGUUUGAUGGCAAGCUGAAUGUCACCCAAGCCAAGACGGUGUUCAACAGGGCAGCGGUGUUCGUGGGGUUGCACGGGGCAGGCCUGGCCAACAUGGUCUUCAUGCCCCUCAACGCCAGCAUCUUCGAAAUCCGUCCCCGCGGCUACCCCAACCCGUGCUACCACCACCUCGCCACAGCCACCCAGAUGCACUACCAUUUGAUCCUCGGGAACGGUACCAAGGACAGCGAGUUGAAGUUCAAUCACACCGAGGCUGUUGAGGUGCUGAGAUUGAUAGCCAAUCGCACGCGCGCGAGAAUGUCGGCUGAAAAGUUUGAGUCGAUUAACCUGCUGCCGCCGCUGGAGGCGGUUGGGGAGGAGGAUUGGGAGGAGGGGGGUGGGGAGGAUGGGGAGGAGGAUGAGGACAAUGGCGGAGGGGGGAAUGCGGAGUUGACUAUACCUCUUGAGCUUAUGGCGGAUGUGACUCUAAAGGCGCUGAAUGACACAGAUGUAGGGUCGGAGGAGCAGGAGGAGGAGGUUAAGAGUCUGGAUGAGAAGACUUUAAAGAAGAUGGAGGGGGAGAGAGCGGUGACAAUUGGGGAGUUGAGUGAAGAUUUGAAACGGGCUGUGAUGAAACAGGUGCAUGUGAAUUCAGGGGUGGCACAUGAUAAGCGCAAGGCGAUUCUUAACUGGCCGCAACUUCUACCACGGGCUCAUUCAGUGGACGCCCUCCCCCCUGCUCUCAACCCCACCCCCAUGUCAACACCACGCUCACAGUUUGAGUACACGAAGGGGACGAAGUUUGAGUACAAGAAAGGCACAAAGUUUGAGUACAAGAAAGGCACAAAGUUUGAGUACAAGAAAGGCACAAAGGUGCAUAGGCUCAAGAGGGUGGUGAACCUGGCGUACUACCAGGGCCGCAACUUCUACCACGGGCUCAUCGAGUGGACGCCCCACCUCCUCCUCCUCAGCUCUCUGCUGCGCGCCCACCCCACCAUACCGCUGCUCGCCAUACACGACCAGUGGGAUUUCUACGAGAAUAUAUCGAAGCCUAUUAUAGGCGUGGAGCAAUUCGCCAUGAACCGACUCAGUAUAAGCCGCGGGGAGCUCUUCUAUGCUGAUGAGGUGUACCUUCCACUAUACCAGGCAUGUGGCAAGGCCAGCCCUUCCCUCUGGUCACUCCUCCGCUCCCACUACCUCCUCGCCCCGCAAGGCCUCCCCAUCUUUCCACCCACCACCUGGAUCCAACGGCCAGGAUUGGCCGAUCCGGUGAACCAGACCGAGGCGGCCACGGUGCCGCCCGAUUGGAUGGUGCUGCUGGUGCGGCGGCCAGGUGUCAAGCGCUCAUUGGACCGCUGGGACGAGCUGUAUGAGUCGGCCGUGUCGAUAUUCUCUCUCAACCGGGUGCAUGUGCUAAACGGCUCCGUGCCCAUGCUCAAAGCGCGGUCGCUGUUUCGAAGAGCGAGGCUGCUUAUAGCGGGUCACGGAGCAGCAAUGGCAAACAUGGUCUUCAUGCGACCCAACAUGACAGUCUAUGAAAUUCGUCCCGACAAGAGCAACAAUGCGUGUUACCACCACCUAGCACAUGCGUGUGGGCUCCGGUAUUACCUGACGUUUGGGGACGGGGAUGGGGAGAGAAUAGUGAAGAUUGAUGUGGGGAAGGUUACAGGGGUGUUGAAGGAGAUUGCCAAGACGUUUCCGCCUUUGCCAGGGGACGAGCAUCCAGAUGACGUGUCAAUCUUUGGGGAUGGAUAA